CGUACAAAGAAUUUCUUAGCGCUCUCGCUAAUUCAAGCACUCCUCAUUUAGGCACGUAUUUCCCUCUUCCCCCUCCUACUGUGCAUAGCUCCCGCCGGAAUAUUUAAACGAAAACUGCCGCUGUAAGAUGUGGGAUUUGUAGAUCUUCUGUACUUGUUGCUAAGGUCUGAUUUGGAGUGCGGAUUUUGCAAGCGGAAGCGUGAAAAUUGUCGACUUAUGUGAAGAAGAAAACGCAUGCAUAUUGUGGACAAUCGAAUACUUUAUAGGUUUAUAUAAAGGAACGCAACCCCCGACUUUGGCAAGAGCGGCAAGAGAGUAUUGUGUGAGGGUACAUAAACUUAAUUAAAAGUCUGGCUGUUCUUUUUUACCGUUAUUUUCAGCGUCAGUAUUCCCAGUAAUUUUAACAGGUUGAAGUUUGCAUAUUAGUGUAUAAUGCCUCAGGAGUUACAUGUUCUGCGGUGUUACUCUUGCCAAACAUUUCAGGUUCACACUGUGAAGAAGAGUAGCAAGUGGGAAUGCAAAAUGUGUGGUGAAAAGCAAUCCAUAAAAAAGGUAUAUGGUAGGGGGAGUGGUAAAGACUGUCGUCUUCAUGUCCAGCAUCUCAAUGAGAUGCGAAUGAAGCAAGAAAGACACGGGUGCCAGAAAUUUCCAUUUCAGGAGGAAUGCAGUGAAGACCCAGCUUCUGUACACUGUGUCCUAGAGGAACAGCCUAUAUAUAAUUCUGGGGAAUCUCAUUUUGUAACCCCACACUGCAGCAAAUGGAGUAGAUAUCUUGAUAAACAAGAUCUGGAAGAAUCAGAUGCUGCUGAUACUCAUUCUUCUGCGAUUUUAGCAUCACAGUUAAUUACUGAAACAGUGACAAAUGCAUCACAAAUUUCUAACAAACAGGACAGUGCACUUAAGAGACAAAUAUUUUAUUCACCUAUUUUAAAUUCAUCUGAGAAAGAAGCUGUGUUUUGUAAUGACAGGACUAAUAUAUUUCAUACUAACAUGGAACCUACCUCUGACCAUCAGGAUAAAGACAUAUGUCAGAGCAGCACAAAGCAGAGGAACUUCUCUUGUAUAAAAAGAAAGGAAAAUUAUUACCCGUCAGAUGAAGAAAAUCAGCCAGAUGAAUUGUGGAACAGGCAGUAUGUUCGAAAUCCAUCCUUGGAGGUGCAGCAAGAUAGCUGUAAUUCAUUUGGUGGGGACAGUGAAUUAGUAGAACUACCCAUUAACAGAAAUACUUACCCUGCAUUACAGCAUGGCCCAGUGCACUGCAACAGUGUCAGUACUUGUAUGAAUUCACAGGAUGUUUUCCUUUGUGAACCUAUACUGCUAGACAGUGAAGAUGAAUUAGAUAACAUUCUUAGUUUUUGACUGUAAAAUAUAACUUGUUAAAUAUGUCAAUGCAAAUUUAAAGCUAUUUUUAUGGAUCUCAUAAAUGGGUAAUAAAAUCAUAAAAUUUA